AUGAAAGCAGAGACCUACGAUUUCAAGAAAAUCAAGGUCGAAAACCCAGAGCCUCAGGUCGAAGUCGAAGAUCGCAAAGAGGGCGCCAGGUUUGUGUGUUCCGAGUGCAACGCUUCGUUCAAAGUGAAAUCCUACUUGACCCGUCACGCAAGAAAACACAACAACGCCAUGGCCUUUAGGUGCCCCUUCCAUGAUGUUUCCACAGUAGACGGCAUGGGCAACGUGAUUAAGAGCGCCGCUAAGUGCCAUCCCACAGGCGGCUUUUCCCGUCGUGACACCUACAAAACGCACUUGAAGGCACUACACUUCAUUUACCCUCCUGGCACCAAGUCGAGUGCCAGAAACAGUACAGGCGGUCGUUGCGCGGGAUGCUUUGAGUAUUUCGAGAGCAACGCCAGAUGGUUGAAGUAUCACAUUGAAUGUGACCAGUGCAAAGGGUUGCAAGACCAGGGCAGAAACCAAAAAUCCCUUGCCCGCAUCAACGGACAGUCCCAUCCAGCCACCGUCAACGGUGCUUCUACGAUGAAGACGGAGACCUAUGACUAG